CGCUAAACAUUCACGUAAGUGUUGGUAAAAGGAAACGUCGAUAGAUUGAAGGUAGCAAGCAAAUAAGUUUUCCUAGCCACUGACUGAAAUAAAAUGGCAGCAAUGUUACGAGCUCCCUUCCGCGUAGCAAGUUUGUCUCACUGCAAGGACCUGUUAACAUUAACCUGGCAAGACGGUAAGCAGAGCAACUUCCCAAAUAUCUGGCUACGAAGUGCCGUGCGCGAUCCCGAGGUUUUCGAUGCCGGUUCUUUGCUGUAUAAAAGAGAUGAUUACGUUGAGUUUAUCCGUAAAGAAUCCCCGUUGGUUCGUGCAGAACAUGAGAAGGGAAGCGAGGACAUUCUUGUUGAAUGGGGAGACCAUCUUGGUACUUUCAAUGCUUCAUGGCUUCGUGCUCAAGACCAAAAUAUCAAUAGAGAUCUGUGCAAGAAGCCUGACAUCACUCUUUGGGAUGCCAACUCCAAGUUUCCUAUUUACGAGUACUCGGAGAGGAAGGCAACGUUCCGCACUUGGUUCAACGACUUGAGGAAAUACGGCUUGGCGAUUUUCAAGGGAGUGCCUCCAAAUGAAGAAGGUCUCAUGGGCAUCAUGCACUCUAUUGGUCAAGAAGCACAACGCGUCCAUCCUACAAAUGUGCUCCAUAUCUUAAAAGAUAGCAAGAAAGAAACGAGCUACGACUCUGGAACUUACACUUCGAAUGCGCACCCAAUGCAUGUGGACACCCCCUACUAUCCAACGAUGUUCAGAUUGACAUGUUUGCUAGGAAUCCGCUACGAUGCUCCGGUUCAAGACACCUAUAACUUUGUUGUCGACAACCUGAAGGUGAUUGAAGAAAUACGCAAAGAAGAACCCGAGGCAUACGAGCUGCUUCGUACGUUCUAGCAAAUUAUCAGUCCCAAUAACAGAAUAUUAGUUGUUUUCUUGUCGUUCAAAGUUUCAAAAAUAGCUAAUUUGUACAAUGUAAACAUGGGUUGCCUGUGGUAAUCUAUGCAUGCGAUCAGAAAGUCAGCGGUUUUACUGUUAAAAAAUAGCGGAUGCAUGCUCCAGUGAUUCGGAAGAAGAAAAAGCAUAACAAAUGCUUCGAUAGUAAACAAUAGUAGUCGUCAAAUAAUUUUGACAUUUUGCAUUAAGUUUUGAAAAAGAGAAGAAAAUAU